GGUAACAGGAAGGAAGGCGAUUCUGGGUUUACAGGUCAGGGCUAGCAGGCUCAGAUCAGCAAGUUGACACAGUUUCAGCCAAGUUUCAGCGUUGAGGUUGCGAGAUUGCUCACUGCUCACUAGAGCUUAUAGGCCUGUUGAGCGAAGAAGGUAUUGAAUAGCAGAAAAGAAGAGAAGGGCAAAGACUGUGUCACAUAAUCUGGGUUUAAAACUCGAUUUUUUUUUGUGGAAGAAUGAAUUGACUCGACAAGGAAGCCAAGUCAAAAGAGCCAUGGCUAUCUCUUCUUUACAAAUAGACAAAUAGUACUCUUUACUUGGAGCUCUUGAUUCUAUCAUACGAUGAGCAAGUUUUCUGCAGGGGAAGGUUCAUCCUUGAAAGCGAAAGCUGGACCCUCACAGCCAGCUGAAACUUCCUUUAAGCGCAAACGUGGAGUCUUCCAAAAAGAAUUGCAGCACAUGAUGUAUGGUUUUGGAGAUGAUCCCAAUCCUCUUCCGGAGAGUGUGGCUCUCAUGGAGGACAUAGUGGUUGAAUACAUCACCGAUUUGGUACAUAAAGCCCAAGAUACUGGAUCAAAUAGGGGAAAGCUAUCAGUGGAGGAUUUUCUCUACCUAAUCCGCAAGGAUGCUCCAAAACUUAACCGCUGUAAAGAAUUGCUGUCUAUGAAUGAAGAGCUAAAACAAGCAAGAAAGGCUUUUGAGACAGAUGAAGAGAACCUGAGGAAAGCUUUUGAGGCGGAUGAUGAUAAACUAGGAUCAACAGAAUGAUAUGAAGAGCAUAUUCUCAUUUCUAUGAUGUUUCGGUACUAAACGGUUUUAAUUUCAAUUUAAGGUUCCGAACAUUGAAAUAUUAAUCAAAAUUUAGUAAAAUGGUUUCAAUUUC